AUGGCUUCAUCAUCGAAAACGAGCUCUCUGCUCUACUCCGAGUCCACUGACCUGGUAUCUAGCUCCUGUAUCGCCCAUCGGACGACCAUUCUAGCCGAACACUCCGCACCAGGCACCUCAUCAACUGCCGCCUCAUCACUGGCAUCCAUCAUCCUCCCAAAGAUUACACACGAAAAGGCCCAGAAGCUCACAUUUACCCAUGAGCGUCUCUUUGUCCACUACAUUGCCGACUCGCCAACAGGCAACUCCGACGAUGCCAGUGCCAGCGAGACGAAUUCGCACGCACCCCUGAGCUUCAUAGUCGUCGCAUCAGCCGAGCAAGGCCGCCGCAUUCCCUUUGCCUAUCUGCUUGAAAUGAAGCGCAAAUUCUUAGCAGCCUACGAUCCAUCCAACACCGAGUUUUCUUCUCUACCCGCCUACGGCUGCGCAGCCUUCAACAAUGAGCUCCGUUCCCUUCUCCACACAUACAACACUGCCCCUCCUUCUGAUUCGCUUGCCUCCGCACGACGUGAGAUCGACAGUGUCCGUGAUAUCAUGACCGAGAACAUUGAUCGGGUGCUUGAGCGCGGAGAGCGUAUCGAUCUACUGGUUGAUAAAACGGAUCGGCUUGGUGGGAGCGCGCACGAUUUCCGAAUGCGCAGCCGUGGGCUACGAAGGAGGAUGUGGUGGAAGAACACUAAGUUGAUGAUCAUGAUGGUGGUUGUGGUCAUUUUCUUGCUGUAUCUAUUUAUUGGGAUGGGAUGUGGGUUGCCUGCGUGGGGCAAGUGUGUUGGGCAUUGA